CUGAGAGCUGCACCAGCUGAGUGAAUUGAAGACCGCCGCUGCCACUGUUGCUUCCUCAAGAUUUAGGAUCAAGUCUCCGCAUUUGCUGCAGCUCACAGGGUCUGUGCAGAACAGUCAUGCAGGCUCAGGAAGUCCUGAGACUGCUGAGGUUUCCAGAACUAGAUGAUGUUCGGCAGUACGUGCGCGGCUUGCCCACCAAUGCACUCAUGGGCAUGGGCGCAUUCGCCGCCCUCACCACCUACUGGUUGGCCACCCGGCCAAAAGCCCUCAAACCGCCCUGUGACCUCAGCAUGCAGUCAGUGGAAAUACCAGGUGAAGAACUUGCGAGGAGGUCGGUACUAAACGACAGCGACGAGCCCAUCUCGCACUACUACAGCGACGCGCGCACAAUGUAUGAGGUGUUCCAACGAGGGCUCCGAGUGUCAAAUGAUGGACCUUGUCUAGGAUCGAGGAAACCAAACCAGCCGUACGAGUGGCAGUCUUAUAGAGAGGUGGCCGACAGAGCGGAGCACAUCGGCUCUGCGCUCCUUCACAAAGGACACUCUUAUACAGGAGACAAGUUCGUCGGCAUCUUUUCCCAGAACAGGCCAGAGUGGAGCAUUGCAGAGCUGGCCUGUUACACAUACUCCAUGGUGGCAGUUCCACUGUACGACACGCUCGGCACCGAGGCCAUCAGCUACAUUAUUGACAAAGCUGACAUCUCAACAGUGAUUUGUGAUGUACCCGAAAAGGCUCAGAUGAUCAUGGACUGCGUCAGUGGGCGAGGGCGAUCGGUGAAGACGAUUGUGCUCAUUGAGCCGUUUGACGGCGAGCUGGUGACGCGCGGACAAGAGUGUGGCAUUGAGAUUCUGAGUUUGAAGGAGUUUGAGGCCAUGGGUAAAGCCAACCUCCAGAAACCAAUGCCCCCGACACCAGAGGACCUCGCUCUCAUCUGCUUUACAUCCGGAACCACAGGAAACCCAAAAGGUGCAAUGCUUACUCAUGGAAAUGUAAUCUCCAACACUGCAGCUUUCAUUAGAAUAACGGAGGUACACUGCAUGCUGAGCCUCCAUGACAUUCAUGUAUCCUAUCUCCCCCUAGCUCACAUGUUUGAGAGGGUUGUACAGGGUGUCAUCCUCGUCCAUGGGGCAAGAAUCGGCUAUUUCCAAGGAGACAUUCGUCUUUUGAUGGAUGAUUUGAAAGCGCUGCAGCCAACAGUCUUCCCCGUGGUCCCACGUCUCCUCAACCGCAUGUUUGAUAAGGUAUUUAGUCAAGCCAACACGCCGCUGAAGAGAUGGCUGCUCGAUUUUGCCUUUAGCAGGAAGGAGGCAGAGCUUAAAAGUGGUGUCGUCAGAAAGGACAGCAUGUGGGACAAAAUCAUCUUCAGAAAAGUUCAGGCGAGCCUGGGCGGUCGUGUCAGACUCAUCAUCACAGGAGCCGCUCCGGUGUCUCCAACCAUCCUGACGUUUCUACGAGCUGCACUGGGCUGUCAGUUUUACGAAGGCUAUGGCCAGACUGAAUGUACAGCUGGGUGCUCCAUGUCGAUGCCCGGGGACUGGUCGGCAGGUCACGUCGGGCCUCCUCUGCCCUGCAACGCUAUCAAACUGGUGGAUGUGACAGAAAUGAACUACCUGGCAGCCAAUGGCGAGGGAGAGGUGUGUGUCAAAGGACCAAAUGUGUUCCAGGGAUACCUGAAAGAUCCUGAGAAAACUGCCGAGGCACUCGACGAGGAUGGAUGGCUGCACACAGGAGACAUUGGGAAAUGGCUUCCUAACGGUGCUCUGAAGAUCACCGACAGAAAGAAGCACAUUUUCAAGCUGGCUCAAGGAGAAUACAUCGCUCCCGAGAAAAUAGAAACUGUGUAUAAUCUCAGUGAUCCGGUGGCCCAGAUAUUUGUUUAUGGCGAAAGCUUACAGGCAUGUCUGGUGGGGAUAGUCGUACCUGAUCCGGACUUUUUACCCAUUUGGCUCAAGAAAAAAGGGAUUGAAGGCUCCUACUCUGAACUGUGCAAUAACCAGGAUGUGAAGAAGGCCAUUCUGGAGGACAUCCUGAGGUUGGGCAAAGAAGCAGGACUCAAGUCUUUUGAGCAGGUGAGGGAGAUUGCGUUACAUCCUGAGCUGUUCUCUGUUCAGAACGGCCUGCUGACGCCCACCUUGAAGGCCAAGAGAACUGAGCUUCGGAACCGCUUCAGAGAGCAAAUUGAUGAACUCUAUGCCAAAAUUCAUAUGUAAACUGGGAUCGAGGAUCGUACUGUAGGUGUAAGGUGACUAUUUAGAGCACACGGUCGGAACCAAAUUGUUGAGAGAUGAUGAAUCUCAGUUUAUAGUAUGCAUUGUCCUCGUGCCACUCAAGUUUCCCUGCUAUCACUGGCUAAAUAGUUAAAAAUAUCAUAUUGCUGGUGUACUUUUAAGGGUUUAGGGUUAAAUAACAACACAAAGGGGAAAUCUGACUCGCUCAUGCCUUAAACCUCCAUUAAGUCUGACUUCACGGACAAAAAGGUGACAUUUCUUUAUUCUUGGGGAGCCACAGAAAAUCAAUCCUAUAAACAUGCUUUUAAAGCAGUGACUAAUAUUAACUAUUUAAUGUUUUGGUCCAUCUAUUUAAGUUGGUAUUUAAUGUAAUCAUUAAACUGUAAAUAGUGUAUCUGCUGAAAAGUCUUUGUAUGCAGAGUAUUGUGCCUCAUACUCUGUAGUUGUAUUUUCCUGCAUUCCCUUGUUUCUCAAUGCUAAAGGACUGAUGAACCUUUUCCGUGCACAGUAUAGGUAAUGGACUAAUGGGAAUAAUAUAGAUUGAAAGACUUGUUGUGCCUUUUUUUUGUUUUUGGUUUUGUUUGACAAUGCAUGGGAAAUGUUGAAUGUUACUAUACUGUACAUGCAGAUCCUCCUAUUAGAUUUUCACAUUUCAGUGCCGCGGGUUGCAGGAUGAAGGUGCACACUGUCAUUUGUAUAAUGCACUUCAGUUGUCAGGGUGAAUAUUUGGAACAAUGGUAUCACUGUUCAUUUAAAGAAGCACAUUUUUCAAAAUGAAUUCCACGUCCACAUUAACAUUUCACUUUGUUUGGGUGAGACGGAGCAACAUUUCAGUUGACUGACAGAAGAUUGUGUUGUGAAUUCAGAGGAUUUGAGUCAUUACACACGUCUAACCACGUCGAGGCCUCUUCGACAGCUCAAGCCAUUUUUUUUUUUUUUAAAGACUUAUGAGAUGAAAAGGGCAAAGGUGCAGUUGUGUGCGAAAGUACAGUAUCUUUAUUUCUAAACUGUACAAAAUAAAAACUUUCUUCCAAAACUGUA